AUGGCGGCGCUGGGCAGCAAGAAGCGGAGCGGCGCGGCGCUCUGGGCCGCCCCCUGCCCCCCGCCCGCCCGCGGCCUCGACAACGGCCUCCCGCCCCACAAGCGGCCCAAGAGCGGCGAGGCGGCCGCCGCCGACGACCCCUUCGGCGAGCAGGACGACUUCACGGCCGACGAGCUGGAGGAGAUCGACAUCCUGGCGUCGCAGGCGCUGUCGCAGGGCGGCGGCGAGGCCCCGCCGAGGGGCGCCGGGGGCGCGCGGGCCUCCUUCGCGCUGGGCAACGGCAGCGCGCAGCCGGCGGGCGGCGGCCUCGCCGGCGGCAGGAGGAGAGGUCGGAAGGAUCCCUGUUGUACGCGAGCAGCCGCUGCUGCGGGCCCCGUUGGCAGCCGCAGUGCCCCUCAGGAGGGACAGGGCCGCGGUCAUAAACRCAGCACAGGGCCGCCAGCUUCUACACGUGCUGGCACUGCUGAAAGUAUUAAAAAGCAUGUGGUGGUGGAUAACACAAUUUUGAAACGUUGGAUCAUUGCUGAUGCUCCUCGUUCCUGCCUCUGUUUUUUUCCUGGUACAGGAAGCAGUGCAGACGAUAGUCUGAUUAGAGAUGCAUUCCAGUUUGAAGUAUUGCAAACACAGCACGACGAAAUUAAACAAAAGCUGAAAGAAAUGCAAGAUGAAAUUCUUACUAAAAAUGGAGAAAUUAAAAUAUUGCGAGACUCAAUGCAGCAGAUGGAGUGUGCUAUAGAGGAACAGAAAAAAUCAUAUAUGCUCCUAGAACAGGAAAAAUCUCAGAUGCUAAGYGAAAAAGAAAAAGAGUUCUCCAAAAAGUUGAUGUCAUUACAGUCAGAGUUGCAGUUCAAAGAUGCAGAAAUGAAUGAGUUAAGAACACGACUUCAGAACUGUGAAAGAAACAGGCUUGUUACUCAAACAUUUUUAACACCAAGUCCUAAAAAAAACCAUGCAAUCCCAGUGAAAUCAGAAGGAUGUUCUCCGCAGCCUGGAAAAAGAUCUUUUCCUACAAAAGAAUCUUUCAAUGCUGAAAUGUCCACUAGACCAUCUUCCUCUUCAGGAAAUCUGUUGAUCCAGAGCUCUUUGAUCAAGGAAGAGAACAAGAUACUUGAUCCUGAAGUUUUAUCUGUGAAGCAAGAAGCAAAGGGAAAAAACAGUUCCUACAACUCUGUACAGAAGCCAAACACUCAAGGUUCUAUCUUACUAAAUGCACUAAUGAAGCAGCCUAUUGUCCCUGGGUCAUUUCUGGGGCUCUGUCAUCUUCUUAGCAGUAACUCUGAUGCUCUACCAGGAGCUGUCUUGAAGCCUAAGUUUUUGGAUUCGAAGUCCACAGGAAUACCCAGCAUGAGGACAACUCGAGAAGAAACUGCUUCUCUUUUACCCCUGAGAGAAGCGCAGAAACUUGCAGUGACAGGAUUGAACCUGAUUGCUAUGGAUGAAGGGUCAUCUGAAGGACAUCAAGCAGAAGGUGGGGAAGAGUUUUCACACCUCAAACGCUGCAAGAUUCGAGGUGCUGCACAUCUCUUGCCCUUGGUAGAACACUAUGUUGGGGCAUACUGUCAAGCAGUACAGCUGGCAGACAAGUCAGUAACUGGUUCCUGUGGAAGCCAUUCAGUUGUUUCUUCCAGAACUAACACAAAUGUGGUAUCAAGUAAGGAAGACUUCAGAUCAUCUCUUGAAGAAACGACAGUUGUGUCUCUGGGCAUUCUUUAUUAUUUGGCAUUUUAUAGCUGGGAGGUUGUUCACACAUUGCUUUCUUCGGAAGUGGAAAGAGACUCUGCUGUUGGAGAUGAGCAGAUUUCCAAGAUGGACAAAAAUACAUUGCGUGAUGAUCAGUGCAGUCAUAAAGAAGAUGCCAGGACACAAGGAGGAUCACAUGUUGCUCCCCAGGAUGAACCUAAUGCUGAUCGAGCUCAACAUUCUUUGUUCAAAAAGCUGCUUCAGGUUUUAGCUUUUUCUUCUACAAAAGGUUCCCAGAUUGAURGUAUACUGACCCAAAGCCUAAAGGUUUUGGUAAAAUUAGCUGAAAACUCAACAAUGGACUUGCUAAUAAAUUUUCAGGACUUAUUAAAUAGCCAGACACUGGUCCAUUGUGUGUGUCCAGAGACCCCUUUGCAUGCUGUCCUUUUGACCGUGAGACUCCUCUCUAUAUUUGCUCAACACCACGUGUUGGUUGCUCAACUUUGUUCUCAUUCAGACACCUGCCUUCUUCUUGCACUGUACAUGUAUAUUACAUCAAGACCAGAUAAAUCUGCACCUGAAAUGCUUUGGCUUCGGUUAGAACAAGAGACACUUAGACUCCUGACAAGUUGCRUGCGCUGUUCCAGUCCAGCAGUUUCACUCCUUGCCACUGACUGCCAAUGUAACCUUGAGGUGGUUAAGGCACUAAUUAUCAUGUUGCACAGACAGUGGAUGAAGAUCAGAAGGUCUGAGAGCAGCUUGUGUACCUACAAAGAACACAUUCUUCAGUUUUUACGGGACGCUGUUUUACUCUUACACAGCCUAUCUCAGAAAGAUAAACUGUUUCAUGAACACUGUUUGGAAGUUCUCCAUCAAUAUGACCAAGCCAUGCCUGGUGUAAGAGCCAUUCUCAAAAAAACUAAAAAGUUGAGCGCCUGUGAAGAGCUGAUUUUGGAUGAAUUGUAUCCUCCUGAGCCAGAAGCAGAAGAUCAAGGAAUGGACUCCAGCUAGCGAACAUCUAGCAAGAUCUCUAUCCUUCCUUAGCUAAAACUUAUCAAUCAUUGUCAGCGUAAAUCUGAAAUUUAAAUGAGCUAUUUAAUUUUUAAGUUCAUAAAGAUGUAACUGAUAUCAAAGAAAAUGUGAUGUAAGAAACAAUUAUACUGAAAUUAUACUGAAAUGUAUUGUUUUGCUAUGCAAAACUACUUGUUGGCCUAUGAAUCGUUUUCCUUAUGAAUUUCAUUCCUCAUGAAAUCGCUGUGAAUGAACUGAAACUUCACUAUUGUGUUCUCCAUUUUAUUGUGACUACAGCCUUGUGAUGUUGAAGGUGAUAGAUGUUGGGAUCACUGAGCUGAUACGGAAGUGUUUUGAAAAUAUUUUCUCUGUUCUGUAUCUUUUACAGCUGUAACUUUCUUGCUUGAUUUCGAGAAUUCUCAUGCUGACAUUAGUAAAUAGUUUACUGU